AUGCGAUACAUUAUCAAUAUCUUGCUUCUGUUAGUUGCUAGAGGAAGAGCUCUUUCCACUUCUGAUCACUUUGAAGAAGCAUUUAAAUCAUUUGCAAUCGUUCCUGAUGUACUGUCGAAUGUGCCUCUUACGGAACUUUCUGUUAACUAUCAGGAGAAAGUAAAUUUGGGUAAUAUAAUAUCUCCAUACGAUGCUAUAAUGCCACCUUACGUUACGUAUGAAGCUAGUCCAAAUGGCCUGUACACUUUGGCCAUAGUAGAUCCAGAUACGCCAUCCAAGAGGUCUAACUAUGAUAAAGAACGUAUUCACACACUAAUAUUGAACAUUUCCGGUACAAAUAUAACCGGUGGAAAUGAUAUCGUGAACUACAUAGCUCCCACUCCUUACCCGGGUUCUGGCUACCAUAGAUACGUCUUCCUCGUGUUUAGACAAGCAUAUCACAUUAAUGUUAAAACUAAAUAUUUUAACAAACUAGCGACCACUUUGUCUGGGUUCUCUAUAUCUGAUUUUGCAAAAAAAUACGACUUGGGUGUCCCGAUCGCUGGUAACUUCUUCCGUGCGCAUCUCGUCAUCUGUGAAAGCGGCAGCUAUCAGCCGAAAAAAAAGUGCUCCAAA